AGCCAUACAUUUCUUUCUGCUGACUCCACGGGUGUUUAUAUUACCAGAAGUGCACUCAAGAUAGAAGUGAUACUGGAGCCAUGCACGACACGGGUUUUAUUCCAGUGUGCUGUAAUGAGAAUGAUAAGUAUACGAGAAUAUAUAGACCGUGAAAAUAACCUCUACAUUGCAAAAUAUUUGUUCAUGAAUUAAAACAGCUGCACCAUUUUAAAAUUGCAGAUGGAUAUUGUUUCAUGGGGACUUUUUUCCAGAACAUUCAAAUAUACUAGCAUAUGUACAUAUAUCAUACUUAGAUAGAUGGAUGAAUGGAUAGAUAGAUAGAUAGACACAUUGUAGAUAGAUGGAUGGAUAUAUGAUAUGGUUUCGCAAGUGUUGAGUUCAACCCAGGGUAAUAGUGGAAGUGGGUGUCCGGCAUGCAUAGUGAAUUCCUCUAUGCUUUAUAUUCAAUAUCACUUCUCUUAGGGCAUUCAUGUUUAUUUACAGUGUAAGAGUUAAUUGUAAUCUCUGAUAGAUUAUUUCAUAUAUGGAACCUGUAGCUCUGUGCAUAUAUGAUGCUCUAAACUUUAUGUUUGCACCCUAUUUCCAUUUUCAAUGGCCACGUAACGUGGGGCAACGUAGCGAGAAUCCUAUCGUCGCCGAAAGCAAGUUUGCCUAGGUGAUCGAGCGGUUUAGCGCGCUGGACACACGUUGCUAGGUGUAGCUCGAGUCGUAGUGGUGUGUGUGCGGCAUGUAACUACGAGGGUGAGUCAAUAAGUGACCAGGCUAUUCCAUUUCCGAUUGACCGAGACUGGUCACGAUUUUCAUGCUUUGUUUCAAUACAUGUUUUAUACCUGGGUACAAAAUUGCACUUGUAUCGAGUUAUUCUUUAAUAAGAUAUUGAAUGUCAAACAUGGCUAGUGAUGCAAAGGCAUGUUUUUCAUCUAAAAUUGAGUACCAUGCUAUAAUUCGGUACUUGUAUUUAAAAGGUAAAACAGGCAAGGAAAUACACGGCAAGUUAACCGAUGUAUGUGGGUCUCCUGCACCAUCUUAUGCUCAGGUUAAAUUCUGGGUAGGGAAAUUCAAACGCUGUAAAACGUCUUUAGAAGAUGAAGCCAGGUCUGGACGCCCAUUGGAUGCCACCAACGAUUGAUUGAAUAUUGUUUAACGUCCCUCUCGAGAAUAUUUUAUGCAGGUGAAGGGCUGCAAAUUUAGGCCUGUGCUCGACGCCUAUGGUCUUUGAGCAGGGAUGGAUCUUUAUCGUGCCACACCUGCUGUAACACGGGGCCACGGUUUCUGCGGUCGCAUCUGCAUAACCGCCCCAUUUAGUUGCUUCUUACGACAAGCAAGGGGUACUGAGGACCUAUUCUAACCCGGAUCCCGCCACCGACAAAGAAAUGUGAUAGGCGAAAUAGCGCAGGCAUUAGGCAUUGCAUGUGGUAGCGUUUCAACAAUCUUACAUGAUCGUUUCGGUAUGCACAAGCUAACAGCCCGUUGGGUACCCAAAUCCCUUAGCGAUGAGCAAAUGGCACCUAGAGCAUCAGUAUGCAGCGCCUUGUUAAAGCGUUUUAGGUCAAAAGAUUAUUUUCGUUUGCGUCUGGUGACUGUAGAUGAGACUUGGGUUCAUUAUUAUGAGCCAGAGAAUAAAGCCCAGAGUUGCCAAUAUUUUGAGCCUGGGUCUCCGAGGCCAAAGAAGUUCAAGACGCAACCAUCUGCUGGCAAGGUGAUGGUCACAGUAUCGAUACAGAACGAUAGAUUGAACAUAUUUGCAAAAAAAUACGAAAUACUACAUGAAAAUCAAGCAGGAUUCAGAAAACAAUAUUCAACUACCGAUCAUUUAUUUUCAAUAUACACUUUAUCGGAAUUACUGAAAUUGAAAACGAAAAAGCUUUAUUGUGCAUUCAUCGAUUUUGAAAAAAGCAUUUGACAAUGUAUGGCGGAAAGGUCUAUGGUACAAACUUUGUGCAAAUAAUAUCAAUGGACACAUGUAUAAUGUUAUUACAAAUAUGUACAAUCAUAUCAAAUCAAGAAUAGUACAUGGUGAUGAGAUUUCAAAUUUUUUUGAUUGUGAAAAUGGUGUUAGACAAGGGGAAAAUUUGUCUUCAUUCUUAUUUUCAAUAUAUUUAAAUGACAUGCAAGACUUUUUUCAGCACAAUAUUGUUGAUGUUUUACCCAUGAUAUCUGAAAUGUUUGAACAGCAUUUGAAUUUGUACUUUAGAUUGUUUGCAUUAUUAUAUGCCAAUGACACUGUCUUGUCUUGAUAGCUGAAUCUGCAGAACAAAUACAGGUCCAAAUUAAUCAUUUUUAUAAAUAUUGCGAAAAAUGGAAUUUAAAGAUAAACGUUAACAAAACAAAAAAUUUAAUAAUCAGUAAGGGUAAUCCAAAACGGCAUCAAACUUAUGUUUGUGGCGACAAAAACAUUGAAAUUGUUGACGACAUUAACUACCUGGGUAUCUUAUUUAGCACAUCAGAAUCAUUCAAAAAAGCCAAACAAAAACAAGUAGAAAACGCCAAUAAAGCAGUUUAUGAGAUUCCUGAAAAAGGACGUUUACAUAACCUAUCAAUACAGUCAGAUUUAUUUGAAAAAAUUGUUCAACCCAUCUUAUUAUACGGCUGUGAGAUGUGGGAAUUUUCAAAUAAUGCAAUUAUAGAAAGAGUCCACCUUAAAUUUUGUAAAUUAUUAUUGAAAUUAAAACAAUCUACCCCCAACUGCAUGGUGUACGGUGAACUUUGCCGACAUCCCAUACACAUACAAAUACAAACGCGUAUUAUCUCAUUUUGGCACAAAAUUGCACUUAGUAAAAAAACAAAAAUAGCGAAUCUCCUGUUAAAACUGGGUAAUAAUGUUACAGACCAAUACGCGAAAGAGAUUGCUUGGUUCAAGAACGUGUCAAAUAUCCUUAACAAUUGCGGACUUUCUAACAUUUGGCAAAAUCCAAACUGGCUCAAGUCAAAAGUAAAACUUAUUUUACUCGAUCAAUUCAAGUAAAAGUGGAAUUCUGACAUCAAAACGCUAUCAAAAACUAUAAACUAUAGAAUGUACAAGGAUGAAUUAAAAUUUGAAAAAUAUUUGGAUAUCCUACCCAGAAAAGAUGCUAUAACCUUUUGUAAAUUUCGAACCUGUAAUCAUCAUUUACCUAUUGAAAGUGGACGCUGGCGAAACGAGCCCCGAGAAACAAGACAUUGUAAUAAAUGUGAAAUUAAAUGAAGUUGGUGAUUAAUUCCACUACCUGUUUAAUUGCAAAUCUCUGAAUGAUAUAAGAAAACAAUGUUUAUCACUAAAACAAAUACGUUUUAAAAACAUCAUCACUUUUAAAAAUAUAAUGAAUUCAAACAAGCAAUCUUUUCUAAGAAAAUUGUGUUCCUUUAUAAAAAAAAUAUUAAUAAUCUCUGCUCCCCGACCCAAUGACUACUCGAAUCUAAAAUUGCAUAUGUUACCUAUCUCCAUACUCACACAUACCUUCAAACAUUUAAUGAUAUAUUACCAUCACUUUUAUAUAAGAUAUAUGUACUAAAUCUCUGUAUACAAUUGUUUAAUUGUGAUGAGAAAUAAAUUCAAUUCAAUUCAGUAUUUUUGGACGCAAAAGGGGUUAUUAUGUUGGACUUUUUACCCAAGAGAAGUACAAUAACUGGAGUGUACUAUGCAAACUUGCUAGACCAGCUGAGAAGCACUAUCCGUGAAAAAUGCCGUGGUAAACUCUUUAAAGGUGUUUUGAUGCAACAGUACAACGUGGAAGUCCACACUUGCAAAGUUGCAAUUGAUGCUGUAGAGCGAAACGGGUAUGAAUUAAUACCACACCCUGCCUAUUUGCCUGACCUAGCUCCUAACGACUUCCUGUUCAAAAACUUGAAAAAGGAUAUCCGUAAACGUCAUUUCCGGUCUGACGAAGAGGUCGUGACGGCAGUUUAGGAGUGGGCCAAUGGGAAGGACCCUGACUUUUUCAGUUCAGAAAUAAGUUAGGCUGGUAACUUAUUGACUCGCCCUCAUAUCUAUGUAAUUACGUAAACUAAUACUGUCAUAUCUAAAAUUCUAAAUUGCAGAUCUAGAUUUGGUUGAAGAGACAGAAGACGAUGAAAUUUUCAAGAUGGGUAGAAUAUUCAUUUAUUGCAAUUUCAUAUUUUGCGGAAGCAUUUGGGGACACCGAAACAUAUGAAUUUGGAGAAGACUGCUCAGUUGUGUUGAAAGCUGUUAAUGAGGAUCGUCAAAUUUACGUUGAAUACAACGGAAAGGAAGUUCUAUCGCACUGUGCUGACUACUCAUUUACAGGAAGAGAUGACUCUUUUGAUGAAUAUGAAGUCUGCGUUACACCUUUGGCAUUUACAGAUCCAAAUUGCGCCAUACAAUUAAAGUAUAAAUCUUCAUAUUACGGUGAAACAUUGCAGAACGUGACCUGUUCAGCAAAUUACAACAAAAAAUACUGUGGGUCCCAGGAUGAAUACCUCUAUAUAAUUUUUGAGAGUCGCAAUGGAAACUACUCGCCCGCCAAAUUUAAGCUACUUGUCACAGCUAACAAAGUUUUGGACUAUGGCGCUUUAGUUGGGGCUAUCAUCGGUGGUGUAAUUGGUGGUAUUGUUUUGAUCACAUUGUUGACUGGACUAGUUUGCUGGUGUGUGUGCAAAAAAAAGCCCAUACAAGGACAGGUGUUAAACCCAAGUCAAACAAAUCAAGCUUCGAUGGGAAACCAAGCAGGAUAUCCACAGGCAUCAUAUACUAUACAACCGACGGGUAACAGUGUUGGUCUAUACCCGACAGCAAACUACGCCACUCAGUAUUCAACAGGGUAUAAUACACAACCUCCUUUCCAAUCCCAGCAAGCAGGUGGCUGGCAACCGACAGAAAACCAACCAUCCGCCCCUCCACCUAGCUAUACUGAAGUGAACAAGUGAUUAAGUUUUCUGUGAUACGUUUUUGAACAUCUCAAUCCAGUACCAGGUUUCUCCUGUCUUGAUAUAUAGAAUUUGAUUUGGAAUAUAAGGAAAAUUGAGUUGAAUGUUUCUGGCAUUUCAAAUCUCGGUUUCUGUGAACUCUUCACAAAUAGCUUAUAAAUCUAUAUAUUGUCUGUUAUUUCCUUACUGUUAUAUAGCUGUGAUGGAUUGUAAAAGAGAGGGAACGAAUUUCAAUCACACCGUGGAAUGCUUAAGAUAUAAUUUUUAUAUCUUAACAUAAUGGGUAAUUAUGCUUGGAUGAAUGCAAUAAACAAAAUACUGUUUAAGUAGCACUGUGCCAUAUUCUAAAAAUAAUGUACGUAUCUGUAUUCUGUAUAUUUUUUAUAUAUAUGAUGGGGGUUUCUUAAUUACGUGAUCAUUACAUCUAUAUAUUUUUCAUUUGCCAUAUCAAUGUGUACAGUAAUUGAGAUAUAAUAUCUUAAUAUGAAGAAUUGGCUAAGUUUGCACAUGAAUUCCAAUUAAUAAGUUUAAACGCUUUCUUUACUUUUUUCAGGGAAUAUUUUUGAUCACCUUAUUGAGUAUUUUCCCCUGCAUAUUGUGUAUUUUUUAUUAUCCCUUUGAGAUGUAAUAUUACGGGUUUUUCGUUCAGUAGACACCCACUCAUUUGAAUGCCUCUGUGACGUCAUUUUAGUAUACAGGUUUGGUAUGUAAAUGGAUGCCAUAUUCCUGAUGGAAUUGUAGAAACGGGUUUUCUUUGAUAUACCAAACUCAUGCUACUGUUAGAGAGAAUAGAGUCUGUAGACCUUUCAUUUAUUGUUGAUGAUGAUGCAUACUAUUUGUAGCCUUUCAUUAAUUGUUGAUGACGAUGCAUACUAUGUGUAGCCUUUCAUUAAUUGUUGAUGACUAUGCAUACUAUGUGUAGCCUUUCAUUAAUUGCUGAUGACGAUGAAUACUAUAUGUAGCCUUUCAUUAGUUGUUGAUGAUGAUGCACACUAUGUGUAGCCUAUCAUUAAUUGUUGAUAAUGAUGCAUAAUAUGUGUAGCCUUUCAUUAAUUGUUGAUGAUGAUGCAUACUAUGUGUAGCCUUUCAUUAAUUGUUGAUGAUGAUGCGUACUAUGUGUAGCCUUGGAACUUGAAAGUCCUAUGUUAUACACUUUUUGAUUUACAACUCACGAAACAUUGUUUUUUCUAAAGAGUGAUAGAAAUAUUCAACAUUUAACUAGGUGGUUUAAAUACCAAAUCCAGAAAAGCUAGAAGAUAUUUACUUCUAUAGGGAAAUCAUUAUAACUGUCCAAUUGCAUUUGAUUCAUGUUGCUCUCUUUGCGUUAAAAAGUCAAGUGAUAUAGCACUAUUUCAUGUUGAUUUGAUAAGCCAUAAUAUGAAAAGCUUCCAUACAUACGUGCAUAUAUCAAAGGGAUGAAUAUAAAUUUUUUAUGGAUAAUGAAUAAAUAAACGCAAAACAUAUCAUAGAGGAGGUUGGUUGAAUGUAUUUUGUUUAGCGUCCCGCUCAAGAAUGUUUCACUCAUAUGGAGACGUCACCAUUGGUGGUGAAGGGCUGCAUAAUUUAGGCAUAUGUAACAAUGGGAAUUAUGUAUUUGAUUUGUGAUUUAAAAAUGAGAUUCAUAUUUUCAGGACACUCUUGCAAAUCAAUCGCAGUUACAUUAGAUACAAACAUAUCAUCCAGAGAUAAUUAGCUAUCUUACGUGAACUGGUACUGUUGGCCUUUGGAUUGAAUCUCAGAAAUUGAAAGACUUCAUCAAUUUGCGUAACAAACCCUUCAUUUAAAAUUCCGUUGAUGAAUCUCAAACAGAAUAUGAUAUACGAUCUGCGAAUGAAUCAUGCAGUGAUCCUGGCAUAAAAACGAGAGAGGUCUUUCAUGUGGAAUUUUACUGCCAAAUUUCAAUUAGUAUAUAAAAUGUUGUGAAACCAUUUCUUAACAUUUUUGACCUGGUGACCAUUCUUUACCUCCAAAAUAAUUGGCGCAAUUAGUCUGAGUGACUCUCCAAGUAAAGGUCUGUUGCUAAGGCAUGAACUUCUCUUAUAACAAAAUAAUAAAACCAUGUGACGUGUUCUUUUUUGGUUUUUUAAAGUUUUUACAUUUACAUCAUGUCUGUUACUUUCUUAUUUUUAGCGGGUCAGUGUACUGUUGUCCAUCAUAUGGUCAUUGUUUAUAUUUACAUAGAAGAGACAAUUCAUGAUUGUUAGCGAUAUUAAGUGUUUCAUAAUUUUUUAAUUAUUUGUUAAAUAAAUGAUAUUUUCAAUUAUA